AUGAGUUACAGAGAUUCGUAUUCACUUUAUGGAAGAGACUACUUUAGUACACCUAAGGAAUAUGGACUAAGCUUACACUCAAGGCCAACCACGAGCUAUUCAUCAACGCCGUCGUCGGUGCUGAGUUCAUUGUCGUCCUUCCGUUCGAGACCCUACACCGGCGUCGGUGUGACAUACACCCCAACACCAGACGUCAAUGAAGUCUAUCCGGGACUCUUUGUUGGAGAUGCUGUUGCUGCUAAAGACAAAGCUUUUCUCCGACGUAUGGGCAUCAACUACGUGUUAAACACAGCAGAAGGCAAACGCUAUACUCAAGUGGACACUGACCACAUCUAUUAUCGCGACUGCCCCGGCCUACGAUACAAGGGCUUUCAACUGAUGGAUCUUCCCACUACAGAUAUAUCCAAGUACUUCCAUAUCGCCGCCAACUUCAUCGAUGAAGGAAUCUCUAGAGGAGGUCGAGUGCUCGUGCAUUGUAUGAUGGGUGUGUCAAGGUCGGCUACAUGCGCAAUCGCAUUCCUAAUGAUCAAACGUGGGAUGACUCUGACUGAAGCUCUAGCUUUAGUACGAUCAAGACGCGACAUUCACCCCAACGACGGUUUCAUCCGCCAGCUCCAAGACCUCGACAGGGAACUGCGUGUCUGUCGUGUGCGCUGA